GUCCCACAUCAUAAAACUUGAUCUUUGAGUAUUAUUUCUCCAUGGAGAUCAAACAAUUAGUUUCAGGUGGUCUCUUAGGAAUCCUCCUCCUUUCUUUCUCGCUUCCAUGCUUCAUCACAUCAUCAGCUCUGCAAGUAUUAAGAACUCCAGCUGACACAGUUGAGCAAUAUCUGUCAUCCCAUAACCGAGAACGCGCCAAGUUAGGACUCCGGCCACUUCAAUGGAGCGAGAAGCUGGCGAGCUAUGCGAACCAGUGGGCCAAUCAGAGAAGGGAUGAUUGUGCAUUGAUCCACUCCAACUCCAACUAUGGGGAGAACAUAUUUUGGGGGAGUGGAAGAGAUUGGAAAUCUGCAGACGCUGUCAAGGAAUGGGCUGCUGAGAAGCAGUACUACAACUACCAGAGCAACAGAUGUGUUCAGAACCAUGACUGUUUACACUACACACAGAUAAUUUGGAAGCAGAGCUUGUACGUUGGGUGUGGUAGGGUGACAUGUAGAAGUGGAGAUACGUUCAUCACCUGCAACUAUGAUCCACAUGGAAAUGUCAUAGGCCAGAAGCCCUUUAGAUAGGAAAUCCAUGGCUUCUGUUGGUUGGUUCUCUUCGAUGGUGGGAAUGGAAGUGGUGAUUGAUAAGGCUGCAUUUGGCAUUCGUUAUUUUAAGGACGAUUUAUCUCCUUUUUACUGUUAAAAUGUCCCUAUGAUC